CACUUGACCGUGACCCGGAGACAGGCUUCAUCAACACCAAAAGAUGGUGGCCGGGACUUCAGACAGCCGCCUUGAUGAGGCGGCGUGGUGGACCGGGCUUGUCGCGGGUGCGCACGCAAAGGAGAACCACCUGGCCAACAGCCCAACCGGCCGAACGCUGCUCGUUGCGUUGAGCGAGGAUGAGAGGACUGAGACUGUUGCCGAGAUGACGGACGAUAUGACGGAGAGGCCCGCCGUCCCGCUCUCGGUCCUCAUCUCGCUGCUAAACACGUUGGCCAUGCACGCGGCGCAGCACGCCGACAACAUAGACAGCCGGAUGGCUGCUGUGCUGGCCGAGACGUACGCGGCGGCGGGCGCCAGCGGCCCUCCCCUCUCCUCCGCCGCGUUGCGCUCGGUCCGCAGCCGCUCGCUGCUCCGCUGGAUGGGCUGGUGCGUCCCGCACCUCUGCGCCGAGAGAGGUAUCUCGCUCGCCGCGCUCGACGCCUCGUUCAACCUGCACCAGCGAGAGCCGGUCGUCAAGGCCGCCGUCCAGGGGCUCCGCGCGCUCGGGUCGCCCAAACGGGCGCGGGGUCUGUGCAGAGCGUGAGGGCGCGCUAGUUGCGUGCGGACGACUUGUACCACAUCCCAGCUCAAGGGAUUGGUGGACCGGUGGUGCACCCUGCCGCCAGUGCGCAGUUGACUACGUUUGUUGCCCCCCUGUCUCUGCGAAGAUCCCGUGUUGGCUUUGCACCCGCCUUUGCCCUUCACUCUCUUGCCGGUGUCUGACUGUACCGUCUGGUCGCGCUGCCGUGUCCUCUUUCUUACGGCUAUCUAGCCAU